AUGAUCGAUCCGAAUGAAGCCAAGGUUGAAGCCCUCUUGGACAUCAUCAACACCUCUGCACGCGAAGCAAUGGCGGAAUACAAGAAAACUGGACAUGGAGUCCCUGGUGUUGACGCAGGCGCCUUCCACCCCCUCGACCUCGCUACAGAUGGACUUGCCCUCAGAAAGGCGAUCAGGCUGCUUGAGGGUGCAUGCGAGCAAUUGAAUACAAUACUGGCUCCUCCUCAACACACGGCAUAUAAUUUCGUUAAUAAUUACAACUGGGCGUGCAUAGACGUCGCCGUGCAAGCACGUAUUGCAGACAUCUUGGACAAACACCCCGAAGGUCUUAGUGUCGAUGCGUUGGCUGACAAAGUCAACCUCGAUAAGACCAAGAUCGCACGCGUCUUGCGAAUUUUGGCUCUCAGAGGUUGUUUCAAAGAAGUCAAGCAAGACGUUUUCGCAAACACGCGACUCUCCCUCGUGCUCAAGUCAACAAACAACAGUGGGUGUUUUAUAGGAUAUCAACGGGAAUUCCCCAAGUAUGCUGCGGUUCUCCAUGAGACUAUGAUCGACAAAGAGUUUGCAAGAUCGGACAAGGCUGAACAUUCCCCUCGAGCAUUCGCUCUCAGAAAGGAAGGUAAGAACAACGGCUUCUGGGACAUGGAUGAUGCCGCACACGAUAUAUUUCACAGAAGUAUGGUAGGCUAUUCUGAGAUCCAGAACUCAUUUGCGGUGCUGCAUCAUUACCCUUGGGCCAAUGUGUCCUCUGUUGUAGAUGUUGGAUCUGGAACGGGAGCCAUGUCUAUUCCUCUGGCGAAGAUGUUCCCUCAUCUUAGGAUAACCGAUCAGGACCUCCCAGAAACUAUCAAGCGGUCGAGAGAUAUAUGGAAGACGAAUGCUCCUGAGGCACUGCUUGACGGACGGGUAGAGUUCGUGCCAUUGAAUUUCUUAGAGGAGUCACCCGUUGCUGGAAAGGAUGUUUACUAUUUGAAGACUGUCCUUCACAACUGGCCAGACGAUGAGUCAAGGGUUAUUCUCCGUAACAUCCGCAAAGUGAUGGGACCAAACAGCCGAGUGUUGAUUCAUGACUGCGUGCCCCUGCACCCAUUCGACGAGUCUGACGUAGGGGCUAACGAGUUUAGUAAGGAUCAUAAGGCACCCAAACCCGAAUUGUUGAACUUCGGUGGCCAUGCGACGCACCAAUUUGACAUGCUCAUGUGGCUUCUUUUCAAUGGAAAGGAACGGACUUUGAACGAACUUAAGAUUAUCGGGCAAGUUCUUCCAUGCCUGGAUACGUUGACGUCUAAUUUGUUACAAUUCACAGUGCCAGUGCUGGUCUAG